AUGAAAGAAAUGGCCUUCAAGGGUUCAAAGGCAGCAGCUGUUUUUGUUCUGCUCAAUGUCAUAUUUUUCACUUGUGUCUCAUCUCAUAAUGUACCGGCCUGUCCUCCAAAAACUCCGUCAGCCCCAAAGAAGCCAGCCAAAUGCCCUAAAGAUACACUCAAAUUUGGUGUUUGUGGAAACUGGUUGGGGUUGGUUCACGAGGUUCUUGGGACCCCUCCGAGUGAGGAAUGCUGUACCCUUAUCAAGGGUCUUGCUGAUCUUGAAGCCGCGUUGUGUUUAUGCACAGCAAUUAAGGCCAAUGUCUUGGGAGUUGUCAAGCUCAAAGUUCCUGUUGCAGUUAGCUUGCUCCUUGAUGCUUGUGGAAAGAAGGUUCCUGAAGGCUUUAAAUGUGCAUAG